UUGGAAGUUCUUCGAGGGUCGAGGGUAUAAGCUUACAUUCCUAUCUCUUAGUGCCUUAUGUACUCUCCUUUUAUCACCAACUAGUAUACCGCUAGAAUUUGUUUGCCUAUUCGAGCUGACGCUGCAAAAAUCCUCUUUCGUCUCUCACUCGUUUUUAUAUAACUCGGCCUACAUAUCCUAUUUUCAGUCUUACUUUUAGUUAUACUUUCCCCUCGCUUCUCUUCAUUGGAACACGGGACGCGAACAUGGCUACCCAAAAAGAAACAGGCACUGAACGUCUUCCGGCGAUCCCUGAGGAGGUGACCGCCCAGUGGCUGGAGUCGAAGCUGGGACAUAAGAUCAAGUCCGUCAAGAUGACGCGGGGGGUUUUCGGCGCGGCCGGCAAGUUGUUCUUCGACGUCGAAUAUGAGGACGACGCGACCGAUGCCAGCUCGCGGUCGAACCACAUCUGCGUGAAGGGUGUGUUUGACCCCGUUAUGUUCGCCUCGCAGCCGUGGACUGUUAGUAUGGCACAGCGUGAGGCCGACUUCUAUAGCAAGAUUGCCCCAACCAUCAAGAACAUGGGCUUCCCCAAGGGCUUAUGGGGCGGCACGAGCAAAGAGCAAGGAAUUGCUGUCAUGUCUGAUUUGAUUCGAGAGGGCUGCAGCAUCCCCCCCGAAGCCGCCUCCUACUCUGUCGAGAAGGUGUUGGACGGCGCCGAGCAGAUAGCUGGUCUACACGCCCAGUUCUGGGGGAAGAGUGAGGACGAUUACCCCUGGAUCUGGAACAAUUACGGUCCCGCCGUAGGGUUCAUGGUCGGUCAAUGGGACACGGUCGCUCGAGAAGAUCGACGAAUCCGGCUCCCCGAGUACCUAAUGGACGGCACACGCGUUAACAAGGCGUUGGAAAUUUAUUACACCAAGCGUAACCCCAAAUUUCGCACUCUGCUCCACGGAGACACGCAUAUUGGCAACGUCUACUUCACCGCCGACGGCCACACCCGCUUUCUAGACUGGGCUACCUUCCACUUCGCCUCCUGCUUCCACGACCUUGUCUACUUCAUGACCACCAUGAUGACCGUCGAAGACCGCCGUAAACACGAGAUGGAAGUCCUCGACCAUUACCUAGAGACCCUGCAUAAAUUCGGCGGACCGAAGCUCGACCGCAACGACGAGGAGCUCAUGAUCGAGUACAAACGCUCGUUCAUGCCAGGCGUCAUCUGGCCCGUCUGCCCGAAAGAUAUACAGUCGGAGGAGCGUACUGCGGUCUUAUCUAUACGCAUCAUUGCUGCUUGGGAAGAUCACAAGGUGAUCGAUGUUCUCGAGGCUCAGGCAUAGAGAUUUAGUGCCAAUCGGAGAGGUUUUGAAUUUAGAAUUCCUAGUCAUCAGGGCAGCAUGUAAAGGGUAUUUCAUCCCAAACAGACCCAUCAAUAUUCUAGCAGCGGUUCCUUCGGCUGAGUGAUUCUAUCCCGUCCCAAGACAUCACCUAUAAAUUAAUUAACGAGGCAGGACUGAUACUGAAGAGAAGCAUCUCGAGGAAGCCGAGACUGAACAAUGACCACAGCUGCCAAUAGCCGACACAGUCCCGAUCAACAGGAAUAGGAAUUGCAACACCUCUGUAACUGGUUGAGACUCGCUGUAAGGUGGUAACUGGGUAAAAGACAAGAAAAUAAAGGCACAAACAACAGAGGAUUCAUUGUGUGUCUAUUUGAUGCCUGUUGCGAUUCACUUGAAAAGGGAAGAGCAUGACAAGGUAGAGGCUAGAAUGUAUCCAAGAAAGGACAGCAGGAUCAGGCCCUGUUGGACCGAUUUAGAUCAAUUGUAGGUAUGAAUACCGUAUACGAGUGAUGCCGAAGUUAACUGAAAG